CUUCGCUUGGCCUUCUUCGGCACCGGUAGUUCAGCUUAUCUUCCGCUGACAGGAAGUGGCUCGUCCUUUUCCGCAGACUCCAACAUGGCCCGAGGACCGAAGAAGCAUCUGAAGCGUGUCGCAGCUCCUAAACACUGGAUGCUGGACAAGCUCACUGGAGUAUUUGCUCCACGUCCCUCCACCGGUCCCCACAAACUGAGGGAGUGCCUGCCCCUCAUCAUCUUCCUGAGGAACCGUCUCAAGUACGCUCUUACUGGAGAUGAGGUCAAGAAGAUCUGCAUGCAGAGGUUCAUCAAGAUCGAUGGCAAGGUCCGCACUGAUGUCACCUACCCCACUGGGUUCAUGGAUGUGAUUAGCAUUGAGAAGACCGGCGAGAACUUCAGGCUGAUCUAUGAUGUCAAGGGACGCUUUACAGUUCACCGCAUCACAAAUGAGGAGGCCAAGUACAAAUUGUGCAAGGUGAGGAGAAUCAUCAUUGGCACAAAGGGAAUCCCACAUCUGGUGACCCAUGAUGCCCGCACCAUCCGUUACCCUGAUCCUCUGAUCAAGGUCAACGACACCGUCCGCAUUGACCUGGACACAGGCAAAAUUACAGAUUUCAUCAAAUUUGAGACAGGCAACAUGUGCAUGGUGACCGGAGGUGCUAACUUGGGGCGUAUUGGUGUGAUCACCAAUAGAGAGAAGCAUCCUGGCUCUUUCGAUGUGGUGCAUGUUAAAGACAGCACUGGCAACAGCUUUGCCACCAGGCUCUCCAACAUCUUCGUCAUCGGCAAGGGCAACAAGCCAUGGGUGUCCCUGCCUCGUGGAAAGGGUAUCCGCCUGACCAUUGCUGAGGAGAGAGACAAGAGACUGGCUGCCAAACAGAGCAGCAGCUAAGUCAACAGACUAGCAAACAACUUGGUUUCAAAUAAAAAGUUAUUUACAACUA